AUGCGCAGCUUCGCAUUCCAGGUGCUGGCCACCUUCACGCUUUCUCGCUUCACGCCCAUUGCAGUGGCCCAACCUGAAUACAGCCUCGUCGACGACUUAUCCUACAAGAACUUCUUCACCAGUUUCGAGUUCUAUAAUGAUCCGGAUCCGUCGCAUGGCUUUGUUCAAUAUCAGUCCAUCGAAGAUGCCGUCAAGAAUGAAUACAUCGGCUAUCUGAACGAAUCGAUCUACUUGGGCGUUAACUACAAGGACCAGACUCCCGAGGGCCGUCCUAGCAUCCGCGUAGAAAGCACUAAACAUUACAACCAGGGCCUCCUCAUCAUGGACAUUGUCCACAUGCCCGACUCAAUCUGUGGUACAUGGCCAGCCGCCUGGAUGCUCAGCGUUUCCGAAACUUGGCCCAAUGGCGGCGAAAUCGACAUCAUCGAAGGCGUAAACCAUUACACUCAAAACACCGUCACUCUUCACACCUCAACUGGCUGCACUGUUUCUAACACUACGGGCGGCGGCCAGGGAAAUAUGAACGAACAAGCCACCUUCACCGGCUUCAUGGCAACCUCAAACUGCGACGUGGCUGCAACCGAUCAACCCAAGAACGUCGGAUGCUCUAUCCACGACUCAUCACUCUCGGCGCCGUCCUACGGCACCGAGUUCAACCAAGCCGGUGGAGGUAUCUACGCCAUGGAGUGGACCACCACUGACAUCUCAGUCUGGCUCUUCGCCCGCAAUUCCACAUCCCUCCCCAAAGACCUGACUAUGAACCCCGAACCUGGAACCUUCGGCACACCGAUAGCGAAAUUCCAGGGCUCCGGCUGCGACUUCAAAGAACGCUUCAAGGACCUUAAAAUUAUCCUCGGCAUAACCUUCUGCGGAGAAUGGGCGGGCGAGGAGAAAGAGUGGGCGAAAUCGUGCGCUGCGAAGACUGGUGCGAGUACGUGUGAAGAGUAUGUCCGUGAUAACCCUGAGGCUUUCGCGCAAGCGUAUUGGGAGAUUAAGGGAUUGCUUGAAGAGGGAUUAUGGGUUGGCUCCGAAAUCUCCUCAUGA